AUGGCAAAUAGUACAAGUGAGAAUACUUAUGAUUUUACAGGCUCAAAUUUACAAAUAUGUUUUGUUAACGAACAUCAUCAAGCAAAUGAAUCGUCUGAUAAUGAUGUGGUUUCAACAAAUUCAAAAACAAGAUUGAAAAAUUCAAAAACAGAUGAAAUUAUUUCAUCGGCAACAGCAAAUAAUGAUGAAGAUAUUCUUACUAAACAACAAAGAUUAAAAGAAGAAGCUAAAGUCGCUCUUGUACUUGGUGCAAAAAUGGCUCGAAUGCAAGUACAAAUCGAACGACGAGUUUUAAAAAAGAAAAAAUCUCCACUUUAUGAUAUUAUUGGUAUUAAUACUAAUGGUGAUAAACCAUUAUCACUUCGAAUACUUGAAGAUAUGAAUAUUGGACAAUUACAGAUUAUUGUGAAUGAUUUACAUUGUCAAAUCGAAAGUUACAAUGAAGAAUUAGUUAAACUUCUAAUGGAUAGAGAUUCUUUAAGUAUGGAACAAGAUUCAAUACUUGUUGAUAUUGAAGAUUUGACAAAACGUUUACAAGAACGUGCUGCUAAUUUAUCAUCAGAAGCAAAACGAACAUCAACAAAUGGAACAACACAACGUGUUGUUAUUGUUAAAUCACCAACAACACAACAACAAGAUGUACAAAAAAAAUCUCUUCUUCAUAAUCUUUUACGCAAAGCUACUUUUAUUUAA